CGGAUAGCUGCACAAAACAUUCAUUCACGAAGCCAGUUGAAAUAGAUGUGUAGGUGGAGGAGCACACGUCCUUCUUAGAAACUUUUAAAUUACGUAUUUAAAUACGAAACCAUACACUAACUUUUUGUGGCAAGCACAUUAUUUAAAGUGAAUUAUUCUGGAUGGAAAUAAACAUUGAACUUAUAAUAUUGUUUUUAGAAAAGUGAAAUAUCGGGUAUAUAAAAAAUAAUUUAUGAAUGACUGAAUGUUAUUUGAAAAAUACUUGUUUUAUAGAAGAAAGUGUUAAAUCAUCUUCAAGAUGUCUAAAGACAUUUACUUAUGCUGUUUACUUGUUAUCACCAUGCUGAGUGCUGCCGCAGGAGCUGUCAAAGGCCACUGCAAUCGUGAAGAGGACCUACUGCAGAGAUGUUCGAUGGCCCUGCCUGUGCUAAGUUCACCAGAAAUAUCAUUUGCGCUCACUCGAGAGGAAUUGGACAAGAGUUGUGUAGAGCUUCGAAUGGGCAUCAAAUGCAUAGACAACUACACAAAUGUCUGCAUGGAAAAGCACGAGCAAGUUGUCUUCCGCCGAAUCUACGCUGGCAUCACAGACGUAGUCCAAGAAUUAUGUACCAGAGGAAAGUAUCAGGAUGAGUACUUGAAACACGCAGAUUGUGUUAAAAUGGUCAGGUCUGACUAUGAGACUUGCAGUAAGAACUAUGAACUGACGCUGAUGACGUUGGGCAGUCAUCAGCAAGGAGAUCAGUACCAGACUGAUCAGACGGGACUCGUCACUACCCAUGAGGAUCACCUUAGAACUGUUUGUUGUUCAUUCCAAGAGUACCUGAUGUGCUCCGAAGAAACUGUUCAGAGGUCCUGUGGCGACGAAGCGGCCUUAUUCACUAGCGCUUUUCUCAAGAGGAUGGCGUCUAAUAUCAUUAAGAAUUUCUGCUUCGAAUACAACAGGCAAGAAUGCGGUCUACCCGACAAGGGAUCGCACCUCCUCCAUAGUGUUCUAUUAAUCAGUGCUGCCACCCUCACGCACUUAGCAUUUUAUGCAACUGAUAACUUCGUCGCCACGUAAGUUUUUGUGCAAGGAACAAUAUAGAAUUUGAAUUUAGAACGCUGUGCGGUGUGCAAUUGCCAGUAACAAGUUUGUCAAUGACUGAUGCAAUGUGUAAUGAACCGUAAGACAUGAAUUCGGGUGAGUGUUGGAGUUCCUCGGUUAUAAACCUGAUAGAAACUAUUUAUUGUAGUUAUUAUAGAUUAAAAUCUCAUUGUUUUACGCCUUUUUCGUCGUCCAUUGUAAAUUGUGUAAGUAGUAAAUUGUGAGCACUGAGUGUUUUAUGUAAAUAAUUUCACUGCGUUGUUGCCAAAUAAUUGUAGUCAUUGAUAUUUGUAGAUUAUUAUUUUUUAUAUUUUUAACAUUAUUUACCCCGCUAUGGCAUAAGGAAAUGGAGCAUCCAUAGUGUCUAUCAAUGUAAGACUAAUUGUUUGUACUUAUUAAUGUUACCAAUGGUUGACUAUAAAAUAUAAGUUACAUACACUUUUCAAAAGAACGUUCUUUCCUUAAUAACAUCGGUGGUCGGGGUAAAUGGAUCAAUAUUUUUAUGGUAUCGU